AUGUCGUCGUCAUCAUCAACUCCCUACCACCACCCCCUCCUCCGCCGUUCCUGGCCUCCAGAUCUUUCCAAAAUGAGUCCAAGCGACCGAUACCGUCUUGAAAGAAAGUACAAACGAAGAGUUCGGAUAAGAGGUCAACAUCCUGUCAAUUGGAUGAGGUUUACGGGGACUUUACAGUUAUUGACUAUCACCGUUUUACCGGCUUAUAUGGUCUUGAUUAUGGAUUGGCCGAUGGAACAUCCUUUUGGGCCGGUGAGGGAAUGGAUGUGGAAGAAGCUUGAUGGGUUUAGAGGGGGUACUUUUGGGGGUAAUUUGGAGAGAGGGAAGGCGACGGAGGAGAAGAGUGUACCUGGAUCGCGAUGA